AUGCAUCUCCUGCUGCUCUGGCUGAAGGUGUUUCUCUUACUGGGUGGCUGGUUCCCGACUGUGAGCUCUCAAAGCCAAGGUCCCCCAGAAGUAACAAUUCCUUUGAAGAUCACAGACCCUAACAGUGGCACCAAGCCUACAGACUGGAUCUCUUACAGCCUGAAGUUUGAGGGUCAGAGACAUGUUGUCCGUAUGAAGGUCAUCAAGCACCUGCUGGCUAGGCACAUGCCAGUGUUCACCUACACAGACCAGGGAGCUCUCCGUGAGGACUAUCCUUUCAUCCAGGAUAACUGCUACUAUUAUGGCUAUAUGGAUGGGGACCCAAAGUCCCAGGUUUCCCUAAAUACCUGUUUUGGGGGACUCCAUGGAUUUUUACACAAAGACAAAUCCACUUAUAAAGUGGAGCCCAAACUAAAUUCAACCACAUUUCAACACCUGGUAUAUAAACUGAUCAGUGAGGAGAAAGAAUUCCCAGCUAAGGGGUAUGAAAUAAGAGUUGAAGAAUCGAAAUACCAAUCCAACAGUACAGAGGAUUACCAUUUAUCCACUUCAAGACAGAACGGGACAAAGGGUUGGUGGACCCACCUGCGAUACUUGCAAUUAGCAUUAUUUUAUACUCAUACUACAUACCUUGACUAUGAUUCUAAUGUCGAAGCACUACAGAAUUUUACUACUCAAGUAGUCAGUCAAAUACAUAUAAAUUAUUUGCAACUUGACAUACAUGUGACUUUAGUGGCACUUGAAAUCUGGACUGACAAAGAUCAUAUUACUCUACAUCCUAAUGCUACAACAGUGAAAGAUUUCUGUGCAUGGAAGGACAGCUCUUUCAGUCUACGCAUUCCACAUGAUUUAGGAAUUUUAAUUGGCCAACUAAAUAGAACACAGGCAUUAUUCCUGAUUUUUCAAAAUAAAAUAUGUACUAACAAUAACAAAUGUGGUUUUGUUCAACAUCAAAGAAGUGAUCCUGAGGCUAUCUCGAGAACUGCAGCAACAGUUUCACAAGCAAUGGGUCUUCAACUUGGUAUAAAACAGGAUACUUCUGAGUGUGUAUGUGGGGAAACUACUUGCAUUAUGACUCCGAAGGCAACUACUGGAAUUCGUUUUAGCAACUGUAGCUAUGAUUAUUAUUAUGGAGCCAGCAUACAAUGCCUGCUUAAUGCGCCAGAAGAUUUCAGAGACGAGCACUGUGGGAAUGGUGUGCUUGAAGGAGAAGAAGCUUGUGAUUGUGGCACCAUUGAUUCUUGUACAGCAGAUCCGUGCUGUGAGUCCAGCUGCACACUGGCACCUGGGGCUGAGUGUGCUGGGGGCCUUUGUUGCCAGAACUGUAGAAUUUUGCCAAGAGGAACCCUGUGCAGAAGAAAAGAAAAUGAAUGUGACCUUCCUGAGUGGUGUAAUGGGAAAAGCUCUCAGUGUCCAGAUGAUGUGUAUGUACAGAGUGGGAUUUCCUGCGAGGAUGGUGGAUACUGUCAUGAGAAGAUGUGCAACAAACGUGAAGACCAGUGUAAAAGACUUUUUGGUGACCAGGCUAAGAGAGCUGGUCUCAAAUGUCACUCAGAGGUCAAUGCUAGGGGUGAUCGGUUUGGUAACUGUGGCUUCAAUUACACUUCAUUUGAAGCAUGCCCUAUGAAGGAUUCUAUGUGUGGCAGACUUCAGUGUGAGAAUGUAGUAUCUAUUCCUUCUCUUCCACAUCAUAGUACCUUGAUUUCAACCAAUAUCAGUGGCACUAUUUGCUGGGGAAUUGACUACCACCUGGGGGCAAACAUAUCUAACAAUGGAGAAGUAGAGGAUGGAACUGAAUGCGGCGAACAUCAUAUUUGCAUUAAACAACAAUGUACUCCUCUAUCAUACUUCACAGAACGUUGCUCACCUCAGACAUGCAGAAUGCGCGGAAUCUGCAACAACAGAGAUCACUGCCAUUGCAACCGUCCUUGGCGCCCACCCUAUUGCUAUGUCCGAGGUUGGGGAGGUAGCCUGGACAGCGGCCCACCCAAUGCAAGUGAUUUUGAUGAAGAAGAUAUUUCAACUGACAGUGUAUUUGGGUCUGAAUACACACACACACACGCUUCUUUUUAUGUCCUUUUAUUGCGUGUCAUUGUGUUGCUGCUCAUUCUUCUUGUUAUAUUUAUCAAAACAAACAUCUAA